UGACAUUUUCCAUGUAUUGUUCUCAUUAUAAGACUGUGUUCCUAAAGCGCUUGACUUUCAUUGGACGAGAUACAUAGCAUCGUGUGGCACCUCUUGUCUUAUUAAAAAAAAAGUCCUCGUUUCGGAAGAAAAAAAAAAAGUCUGGAUAGAAGGUGAACCCUGAGCACUCAAGGAGAAGCAACAGCACCUGUUUCCCGGGAAUUGCAGUUUUCUUAAUACCCCGUGAAAAUCGGAUAAUCACCUGCUAGUAAUUUUCUCUCGGGGUCAGGUUUGUUGUCCGCAGGUUUCCCCAUGCCUGCAUACUUCCACCAGAGUGUCGAACCAAAAAUUUUCACCAGGAAACUGGGCCUCCUGGGUCUCGCCUAUCAGAGAUGAGACACUGUGCAUGGUCUCAGGCUGCUCAGUGAACGAAGCAGGGUUUGGAGCUUCGCCUCUUUGCACUCCAGAAAUAGAAUCUCGAGACAUUUCCUGGGUGCACAUAAUUUGCGUUCAUUCUGUAGUUUUCACAAGUUUCUGAGUGCUCCGAGGACAGAUUUUGCCUUCAGUAUGGGGGAGGAUAACCGGUAAUGGAAUUAAAAUUUAGGCACUCUCAAAGAAUCACCCAACAGCUCACUUAGUUUACCAUUCACACAUACUCCCCAGUGUUCCCUAGUUAAGUAGUUACAAUGCUAGAAGUAUUGUCAUAGAGUCUUGAAGGUACCAUCAAGCAGCAGACAAGCAGUUUAUGAUGACGGCGUAGUUUAACGGCCUUGUUGCUCGUAAACCUAGCGCACCAAGUCAGAAACGUGACAGAGAGCGCUUAAUAUUUUUAAUUUGCUAGCAGAAUUGAGGUAAAACUGCUCGGGACGACAUCUGGUGGGAAAUAAUCUCCAGUUCAUCGAGCAACAGUGAUCUAUGUUCCCGACUGACUUGGUGGUUCAGAUGGCUACGUAGCCGACACGCAGCCGACUUGUUUCAGUUUUAGACACAGUGUUGUCCGUGUCUACUUAGGCCCCAAUAAUUUUCGAGUGCAGACCGUCGAAUAUAUAAAUAUUGUGAGAUUGUACAUCUGCUGCUUUACGGUACCCUCGAAGUAAGGAUGAUUUAAAGGCAUUCAUUGUGGCUUCGCUCAUAUCUUUCUGUGUGCACGGAACGAGAUUUCUGUUUCUCUGUCUUUCUGGGAAUGUCAUUCUCUGCUUGCCCGUUGCAUGUGCCUGUGUUUCAAGAACUUUGCAUGACAGGUGACAGUCUUAUCUCUGUCUGUGGACUAAGUACACAGGUGGGUUACAAAUGCUUAAAACAACUCCAUGCAUGACACACUGAUAAUAGGAGGCAGUAGCCGGGUGAAGGUGAGUGUAGUGAUUUACUCCACUUACUAUUUGUAAUUAAUAAAGAAACUAUGGGGCUUGUGUUUGUCUACGCUAGGGAGAAAAAAAAAAUGAAAAAAAUUAUAACCACAAAGGAACAAAAUUACAAAAUUAUAACCACAGCAGGAAAAAAUCUACAAAAUUACAACCACGGAGGAAAAAAAAUAUACAAAAUUAUGACCACAAAGGAAAAAUGUACAAAAUUAUGACCACGAAGGAAAAAUGUACAAAAUUAUAACCAUGGAGGAAAAAAAUAUACAAAAUUAUAACCAUGGAGAAGAAAAAUGUACAAAAUUGUAACCUUGGAGAAGAAAAAUGUACAAAAUUGUAACCAUGGGGAAGAAUAAUGUACAAAAUUGUAACCAUAGUAAAGAGAAGAGCAUUGCGUAUUCUGAACAAACAUCUGAUUCGGCCCCAUUGCCAUCUCGCGUUGAAACAGAUAAAUGUUACAAGGUGGUUAUAAAGAUAGGCCAGUGAUGGAAGUGCUGUGCCAUUUGUGCAAAACUGUGCCAAUCAGGGGGUCCAGUAGAGUUGAGAUAAAAGUUGCUCACAGCAGACUUUACCUGUCUGUCUUGCUCAACUUUGCACAGUACUAACCGCAUGCGAGGUCAACUUUAAAGGGUGGUUACUGUUUGGGCACACCUCUACUGGGUUACUGUUUGGGCUCCUAACCCCUGGGAAUACUAACCCCUCUGCUAACUCCUCUAUCAGGAAGGAACAUCACAAGGGUUUUGACGUUGGGUACCCUACGCAGACACGAUAGGCGGUUCGGCAUGGACGGCACAGAGCUCAGACUUUGACCAGUACCUCAUGGUGGACCUGCGGUCAAAGAAGACCAUCUACGCAAUCCAUACCAUGGGAAAACAGUACAGCUCUGAGUUUGUGCAAGAAUUCAGGCUUUUCUAUGGAGACGGCGGAGGGGACUUCACCGAGUACAAAGACAAAGAGGGAAACACUAAGUUAUUUGAUGGAAAUCGUAAUGGCGACACGGAAGUGGUCAACACGUUCGACACUCCCAUCAUCGCCCAGUUCAUCCGCAUCAACCCAUCACGGUGGAGAGACCGCAUUUCGUUGCGCCUCGAGCUCUAUGGAUGUGACUACGUGGCGGAGGCACUCAACUUUGAUGGCCAGGCCUACGUCGCGAUGGAACUGCGCUGGCGGCCAAUCACAUCCGUAGAAGACAGCAUCCGCUUCCGCUUCCGAACGAACCAUGCUGAUGGAGUGCUGCUGUACAGCAGGGGUGCACAACGGGACUUUAUCGUGCUCCAGCUGAUACGGGACCGUUUGAUGCUCACCAUCGACCUGGGAGGAGAAGGCAUAGUGACAAACGUCACCUGCGGAAGCCUCCUGGACGACAACCUGUGGCACGAUGUCAGCAUCUGGAGGAAGCGUCAGGAACUGACCUUCACGGUGGACCGUGUCGUGGUCCAUCGCCACAUCCGAGGAGAUUCAUUCCAGUUGGACUUGAACAGAGAGCUUUAUAUCGGAGGCCUUCCAAACUUCAACCAAGUGGGCGUAGCGGUCGUUGCCAACUUUACGGGCUGCAUCGAGAACCUGUACCUGAACGACACGGACAUCAUCGGCUGGGUGAAACGGGACGAAAUAGCGCACACCUUCAACAAAGUGGGACAUGUGCUGUACAGCUGUCAGUUUGAACAAGUGAUUCCCGUGACAUUUGUGACACCUGACUCAGUAAUGAAGGUGAAUGGCUACAUGCAACGCCAGAUGAACUGCAGUCUCGAUUUCCGAACCUUCAGCCUCAGGGGGCUCCUACUCUACAACAAGUUUUCUGUUGAUGGAUAUGUUAAGCUGUUCUUGGACGAUGGAAUACUUAAGAUCGAAGUCGAGGGCAAGGACACUCCCGUUGUUACAAUAAGUCCUUUUGAUGAGCGCCUGAAUGAUGGCCGGUGGCACCAGACGACGCUCGUGCUCCAGAAGAACCGGAUUGAGCUCCACGUCGACGGCCAUCCCAGCAUCACCACCAGGUUGUUCUCGCUCGAGACUGGCAGCGAAUACCUCGUAGGAGGUGGUGUGCAAGGAAUGCGGGGAUUUAUUGGUUGCAUGAGAUUCCUGUACAUCGAGGGUCACUACAUUAACGUUCUCAAUGUUCCACCGGACCGAUAUGAGGGCAACAUCGUCUUCGACGCGUGCCAAAUGGUUGAUAGGUGUACGCCAAACCCUUGCGAGCACGGAGGGAGCUGCGGACAGACUGCCACGGAAUUCUUCUGCAACUGCGCAGGCACCGGUUACACCGGAGCAGUGUGCCAUCUGUCCAGACACCCGUUGGCGUGCGAAGAAUACAGGAUGCAGAACCCCAAGGAAUCCACUGCCAGCAUCAUGGUUGACGUGGAUGGGAGCGGACCUCUGGCACCUUUUCCUGUCGAGUGCAUUUUCUAUCCAAACAACCGCACAGAGACUCUGGUGCAUCACCAGAAUGAGCAUGCCACGGAUGUGAAGGGAUUCCGUGACCCAGGCAGUUUCAUCAGGGACGUUGUGUACAAUGCCCCGCUGGAGCAGAUGGUCCAGUUGGUGAAUCGCUCCAGCUCCUGCCGGCAGCGGCUCAUCUACGAAUGUUUCAACGCCCGGCUCUUCGACGCAGGCAUCCAAGACAUAGGAACGGACAAGUUCACCCCGUAUGGCUGGUGGGUCAGUCGUAGUAACCAGCGGAUGGACUACUGGGGCGGGUCCAUCCCGGGUUCGCGCAAGUGUCGCUGCGGCCUCUACGGGACGUGCAAGGACACGAAUCGUUGGUGCAACUGCGACGCAGGCCUGGAAGAGUGGCUCAGCGAUGGAGGGGAACUCACUAAUCGAGACUACCUCCCCGUGCGGCAACUACGCUUCGGGGACACUGGCUCUAUAGCAGAUUCCAAGCGGGCUCGUUACACCCUCGGAGCAUUGCAGUGCGAGGGUGACUCACUUUUUGACCAUGUGGUGACAUUUCGUUAUGCGGAUGCCACAAUGGACAUCUACGACUAUGACCUGCGGCACACGGGAGACAUCUACUUCCAGUUCAAGACCACCAUUGAGAACGGCGUUCUGGUACACGCCCGGGGGCCUGCAGACCACAUCAAAGUUUUGCUUAGUGGGGGAGACCAAAUCCAGUUGUCGUACAAGACGGCAAGCGGUCCACACGGAGUGAGCGUGGAAACGUCUUACAAGCUCAACAACAACGAAUGGCACAUUGUGCACAUCGAACGCAACAAGAAGGAGGCCCGCAUCCUGGUAGACGGUGCACAAAGCGCCAACGUGCGAGAGAAACCUGGCAGGGCGCACGCCCUCAACCUCACCAGCCCUUUGGUCAUUGGAGCAACUGUAGACUACAAGGAGGGCUUUGUGGGCUGCUUGCGAGGACUUAUGGUCAAUGGGAAAGUAGUAGACCUCCUCAGCGCCGUCCGUCAGGGCCUCUAUGGCAUCUCGGAAGGGUGUGUGGGCAAGUGCGCCAGCGCCCCCUGCCUCAAUGGAGGCUUCUGUAUGGAGGGCUACUCGGAUUACACGUGCGACUGCCAGUGGACUCCUUUCAAGGGACCCAUCUGUGCUGAUGAAAUUGGAGUGAAUCUCCGUUCGGACUACUACGUCCGAUAUGACUUUGAAACCACCCUCUCAACGCUGGAAGAGUACAUCCGGGUGGGCUUCACCACAACCGAACAUCACGGCAUGAUCUUUGGCGUGUCCUCCAGGACUGGUGAAUACCUCAACCUCAUGAUGUCUACCAGCGGUCACCUGAGGUUGGUGUUUGACUUUGGCUUCGAGAGGCAGGAGAUAACGGUCAAGAAUGAGAACUUUGCUCUUGGCCAGAUCCAUGACAUACAGAUCAAGCGAUCUCACAAUGGAGAACGACUCACCAUUUUUGUGGAUAACUAUGAACCGCAAGUGCAUACCUUCAACAUCAGGGGAAAAGCAGAUGCUCAGUUUAAUGAACUAAAAAGCAUCUACGUUGGACGAAAUGAAACGAUGGGCACGGGCGAAGGCUUUGUGGGCUGCAUUUCCCGGGUGCAGUUCGACGACCACAUGCCCUUGCGGAGGUACUUCCAAGAGAGUCGGAGGGCCAACGUGUUCGCCCAUCCGGAGGGCCAAGUCCGGGAGGACACGUGCGGGAUUGAGCCCGUCACGUACCCUCCCCCUUCUGUGGAGACACGGCCACCACCCACGCUGCCCUAUGGGAUGUACAGACAGCCGAGAUAUUCGUCCUACGCUACAGACUCUGCCAUUCUGGGUGGUGUGCUCGCAGCACUGUUGGCCGCGCUUGUCAUCAUGGCCAUCAUCAUUGGGCGCUACGUAUCCCGUCACAAAGGAGAGUACCUGACGCACGAAGAUAUGGGAGCCAAGGACGCAACAGACGCGGACACGGCGGUCGUCCACGGUGUCCGCGGACACGAUGUGCAGAAGAAGAAGGAGUGGUUCAUCUGAGGCACAGCAACCGUUGCAGCUAUAGGUGCCGAAUAAUGAGACUGCGUCGUUGCAGUUGCUACUGCCACAAGACGAUGAUGACUGCAGGCGAGAUGGUUUUGGGAGAGUUAUGUGAAUGGUGUGACAUUUCUGCUGCUCGUCACGCAAUGAGGUAGUCGUCUGCAAGAAAAGUUUGCUACAUUGGCUCACCAACUCUGGACACUGAUUAAGGACACUAGACCUCAUAAAUGGAGUAAAGUCACAAUACGGGACCAUUUAAUUAUACCUCUGUCAGACGGGCACACAUGCAGCCUUUAAGGUUACGGGAUUACAGAAAGGCUGCAGGUGGCCUUAACCUUAGGAGGCUGCCACACGGGAUCGGUGAAGGCGUUUUGCUGAUGAUGUCUACAGUGAUAAACACCUUUGUGAACGUUGAAUGGGAUCAGUGAAAUCACUUUUUGUUCUCUCUACGAGUGUUCGGAAACAGUCUUUGGUCGGUACUACUUAGUCAAUUUAAAAUACAACAGCGAGAGAGAUUGCUUUGAAGAGCUCUGGAUGUAUCGUUAAACGGCGUCUCACCACAAUCUGGCCACCCUGUGUCUCGGCGGCGUCUGCUUUCCUUCGGUUCGGCUUUUUGGAUGCAGGCAACAUGGAGUGAUGCCGUGUGCAGUUGUUCAAGGAUGUCGCUACGAACACAGGAUAUAAAAAUAGAAGCACAAAAUGCAAAAACGCAUCAGAAAAACGGCACGCGUACAACGCGAGAAAGCUAGAACACUACAUCUCGUAACAGCAUUUUAUUGCAGGUUGAGCUAAACCUGUGCAACCCCGUUCGUGGCACCUGGUAACAAGGCUAUGGCAGUUUUGAGGGAACUCGUAAACUGCGUUAUGGGAACUCCGUCGCCUUCUCAUCUCUUCUCUCAUCGCAAAUGCUGUGUGGCUGAUCGUUAGAGCUGAGCGCGGGUGCAGGUACACCCGCGGGUACCCGUGGUUACCCGCGCAUCGUCGCGACUUGCGGGUAGGAAUUUGCGAAUGCUGCAGGUAGCGGGUAAAAUGCGUGUGUACCCACAAUGCGACCACAGGUUAUGCAGGUAUACCCGCAUCACCCACACUCCAUGGCCAACUAAGUGAUCCCUCUCUGUCACACGUGAGCUCAGCAGUGCCCUAUGUCGUUGUCCAUAUGAAUCCGUGUGCCAGACUGCAGCAGGCAAGUUCUGGCGAGCGAGUUCGAUUAUUAAUGCAGACGUGUAUGGCUCUCUGUUGAACUGCAGUUUUAUUGGCAUACGAUUGAAGCCGUCCGAGACACGUAGCCAAAACUCAGACCCCUGCGGGUCCGUAUACAGGUAUACAGACAGCACUGCGGGUCCAAGUUUGCUUACCCGCACUCACCUCUACUGAUCAUGUAGCAAGCACUUAAUGGACGUACGCACAUAAGGCCGUAAGUGCACCCGUCUGACAGGGGUAUUAGUUUUCUCGCGGCACGUUAACUAUGUGCAGUAUGAAGGUAUGCUGCACUCACGGCCACGAAAGAAAAUUUAUUAUAUCAGGUAUCUUAUCUCGUACACGGUAUUACUUUGGAUUGCCUUAUCUGCAUUUACUUUGCAUUUUAUGUAUUUCAUAUCACUUGACAACUCAGUGUCUGUAUUUGAUUACAUUUUGAAAAUGACAUAUCUCAUUUCUCUACUGCGUAUACAGGACGUUUUCUUUUCUUUUCAUUUUGUUCUUUACAGAUUCUUUAUAAAAUAAAGCAUUGAGGGCAGCAUAGAUGCCGUUUUUCCAGUUAAGGCGGACAUCUUGUCGAAGAGGGUAUGCAACUAAAAGAUGACUAAUUACAUAAAAUUAUUUAAUUACCUCUUUAAUUAGGGGCUUAGUUGGCAGAGUGAGAUAGCAAAUAAUCGUUGUUGAAAGCCACUGUGCUUUUUAAAAAUUCUGAUAGGAGCACGUACGUUGAAAUAUUCGUGACUGAAUUUCGCUGCGCAAACGAGACUAAACCAAAAGCAUGCGCCUCAGGAGCUUGUGACCUCCGCCGUUGAAGCCGUCUGAGCUUCUCUCAGAGCAGUUGAUCUUGCCAACAACAGAUGAGCACAUACUCCAAUCUUUAAGGCAAGGACAUGGAAGGAGCGCUGUCCUCCCUGCGCUCCCGAUUGGCGCGGUUUCAUCCGGUUUGGGUAGCAAAAUUUGGCGACGAUAUUUCAACGUGCGUUUCAGGCUCUUCUUUUUUUUAAUGGGAUGGCUUUCAAUUAGCAUUACCAUACUUUUUAAUUUCAUUUAAUUUUUAAAAAAUAAUAUUUAAAAAUUUUAUUUGUAAUUAAAUUUAAAUUAAAUUAAUUUUCUUUUUAAAAAUAUAAUGAGCAUUGUCCCCUAUACUGCUACCUCGCUUUUGCCCAAAAUCCCCUAAUUAAAGAGUCAACGAAUUUUAGGUAACUAGUCAUCUUGUAGUUACAUACCUUCUUCGAGAGGAUGUCCGUUUUGCUGUAUAACCUGACUGCAAAAACGGUAUCUUUGCUACUCCCCUAGCUUUUUUUUUUUUUUUUUUCAAUAAAGGAUCUGUACAGGAUAAAAAACUACCCUGUAUACAUUGUAAAUAACUACUGUUUCCAUCCAAAACGUCCCAGAGAAGCCCUGAGGUGCAAUCACUUCACGAUCAUUCAACGAUACACACACACUGCCAUCGUAGUCAGUACACGACCAACACAUUCAUGCAUUUCACAUGACUAUGCCUGUUUGCAGCAUAACAAAGUACGGUGUUACACCCAGUUUUGUCGGUGGCAAUGAGAGCACAAAGAACAACAUUAUCAUUUUUAGUCAUUAUGCUCAAGAUAGUUUAUAUCACUUUGAAUAGUUCUGUAAGUGUUUCAAAGUUAUGUCUCUUCAUAUAUGUAUGACUCUAUUUGCGACUUUGUUUUCUGAAACACUCACUCUUUCAUAAAAACAGUUUUUCUCACUUUUACUCCAUAGAAAGAAGGAGGUUGGGGUCAUCUAAAUUUUAAUGAGGCGACACUUUUAGCAGUGACUUUCGAGACUUUCUGCCCCGUCUCAUAAAAAUUUAGAUGCCCCCAACAGUCUUCUUUCCGUUGCGAAUCUCAAUCGCCAGAUACUUGCACAUUGCUCUUUUACUCUACAGGUGAUAAAAGAUUUGCUUGUGUCAUCCUUAUUUCGUCCUACAAGACCAUCCGCAGUUAAUACGCCACUUUUUGUUGCCGUCGUUGCGAAAUUGGAAAUCGGCAUCAAUACAUAUUGCGUUGAUGCCUUUCAAAUUUCCAAAAGAGCAUCCCUCCACCGUCCACCGUCCAUGAAUCCACCGUCAACAUCCCACGCUCAUCUGAAUGUGGUGGAUGGCCAUGUUGGGAACUUUCCAACAAUGAGUCACCCGCAAAAUUUUGCGAACCAGUGAUCGAUGGUGCAUUCAGUGAUAGUCUUAGAUCCAAAUGCAAGGUUUUCCACUCAAGUGGAAUGACUGACGAAGCUGUAAAGAAAAAUAAUCCUCAAUUGUCAUGUUCCACUGUCCAGAGGACACCUCGUGUCUACCAACUGUACAGUGGCGUGCGUCUAGUCUCGAAAACUCUCGGUCGAAAUGCAUCAACGCAAUAUGCGCAAGAGGUGCACGUGUUUAAGUUUAAGCAAGUUUUACGCACGAAUGUAUUUUCCUCCGCAUUGUUUGGUGAACUUCCGUCCCAUAUCAUGACCAGUUCUUUGCUGCGUAAUUCACUGUUCUACGACGACCACUUUAAUCUGGUGAUAACGAGCAGGGCGCUUCAUUGCCAGAGGCAAUGCUCUGUUCACAGUUAUUAGGUUCGCAAGACACGUUGUUGAUGGUGUGUUUCUGUACCUUCUUCGUGUGCGUGCAUUGUAUGUGGCAGUGACACAACUGAUGGGUCUCCAUUUGUUACAAUUCUCAUUGUGUCAUGCCAAGUGGGCGUGGCAUAGGAAGGAGCACCUCUUUGCAUAGACGCGGGGCAUUCCCAAAGCAGAGUGCAUAGGGAGGGAACGUAAAGAUGAGAUAUUUAUUUUUUUCUUUACGAAUACUACAGCCAACAUAGCCAUCUAGGAGUAGGGCACAACCACCGUAACAUUAGACCGUACUAUUUUAACGCGUGUCAUAUAUUAUGUAGACUCUUUCAAAAAGGUACAAUAUGGUGCGAGGGAAAAAAAAGACAAGUACUUUAAAAAAGCUGUUCCAGGAUUAUACCGCUUUAGUUGCUUAGAAUUAGUGUGACAUAGACCUCGUGGUAAGAAAGGCUGGAUGUACCGAUCGACGUUACGAUUCACACGUACAAGUACAACAAUCUCGGACGGUGCAUCCUACACCUUUUUCGCGGGACGUCAAUUUCAGUCGUUGUAUACAGAUCACUAACGUGUGUAUUCGGCCCAUAUCGAUUAAAAAUAAACCGUAAUGCCGGUGCCAAGUCAACAGGAUUUAUGUAUAGGCUUGCAGUUUGGUAGCUGUGCUUGAGAUUCUGCAUCGGAUAACGCAACUUCCCCGAGGCUGCACGCGUUAUGUGAUCUACGUUCCGAUGUAAAUCCUUAAAAAAAAUUGCUCGAAUGUGAUAGUUAUAGUAAAGAACGGUUUUCUUCCAGUUAGGUGCACGUACACACUUUUCCGACCUUUUCCGACCACUUUUUUUCGCAACAGAGUCAAGGUAGUGGGCAAGUUGGUGCACGUCAAGGCAGGGGAAACGCAGCAUUGGUGCGUGUCCGUAUCCUGAGUCACUUUACAUCCUUCCUAUGUUCCGUUCCAAUGUGCAUGGCAGUUCUGGCAGCAGCCGCUUAUGAUUGGAAAAGGAAGCUGCCACCGUUGCUCUUGCCUUAGCUAUGCUAAUGGGCAGCAUAGAUUUGUGUCUUAUAUAGGUAGCUAACCUUUUUCAACUUAGCAUGGGCAGGAGUGUUUGUGCAAUACUAUAACAGGCAUAUUUUAGGAGCAGUGUCGCAUUUGCAUAUCUUAUCACCGCUGGUGUGCUAAGUGAAUCAACUUCACUCUAGUGAUGAUGAUGAUGAUGAUUGGGUGGUACUCUACCUCAUUGCUCGCGGUAAUUUAGUUGAUGAGUCUCAGAAUGAGGUCCAGACUCCUACGUUAUCAAAAAAAAAAAAAAAAGUGUGUAGUUCAUUUUAGAAUACUAAUGGGCCAGAAAAGCUGCUACAAAGAAAAGCGCCUCCGAUUCCACGAGACAGGGUGUCUCUCGGGGCAACCGGACACAAAGUCCACCCAGUAGAAGCUGAUCCCUGUAUUGUUCAGCGGCUCCAUUGACUGUUAUCACACUGAAGGAAGGUUAGAUCUAAUAUUGCAUCAGCAGGAGUUAUUGAUGAUUUUCAAUGUAGCGAUGUUCUUAUUAUGGUACGUACAUCCAAUACUACAGAGAUGAAAGAGUUUAUUUUUGUGCACGACACCAGAAAGCCACUCGAGUGUCAAUCUCUCGGCUUUUCUUAAAUGCUCGACAUUUUCACACUGCCAUUUCUCUUUGUUUGAUCGAAAGAGAAGAGCCACCAGAUCAUCCUCUUAUUUUUGGACAUACAAUCUCACGUUAUCAUUCCAGGAUGCUCAUGUAAUGAGUCUGGUAUGCAAGGAACAUUCCACGUACGAGAGUGCGAGAGAGAAAAGUUUUUGUAUAGCUAUUGCGUGUUUGGAGCACAUCUUGUACAUACAGUGAAUACAUUUCUGCUCUUUGGAAGCGUGGACAUUAUAUACCACGCCGUAGACAGAGCUCUACGUUGGACAUCUAAUGGAAAGUGUAUCUCGGCGAAAUAAAUAUUUUAGAAAACUCUCA